AUGGGCCCCAUUGUGGACGUCAAGAAGAUUGCUCUUUUAGCAGAGAAAUUAGACUACGACGCAGAACUCCAAAACAUACUCUUCACUUAUUACCUACCUCUACCCUUCAAAGGGCUUGAAGAAGGAGAUCAUGUUCCAGGCACGGAUCGAGUGUCGGUAAUUCACAUUCCUGAAUUCAACCAAACAAAUUCCCCAGGCAAUAUAAUUCAGAGGGUUCAAAUGAUUGAACAGCAGUAUCAGUAUCUAGAGCAAGUAUCAUCAGCAAUUCUUUUGCGCUACUAA